AUGCUGCCUACCCCCUUCUCGGUGAAGGACAUCCUGAAGCUGGAGCGGCUGGGAGCAGCCGGCGGUGCCCUCGCUGCCCCUGGCACCGCCUGUGGCCCCGCUGGGGAGGGCGAGCAGCCUGCGAGCCGAAAACGUUUUCUCACCCAUCCCUUGGAGGCAGAGGAGAAGGCAGCUGAGCCCUGCCACCACCACCAUCAUCACCACCACCCCAGGCAGCGGCAGCGGAGGAAGCCUCGGGUAUUGUUCUCGCAGGCUCAGGUGCUGGAGCUGGAGAGCCGCUUCAAGCAGCAGCGCUACCUCUCGGCUCCGGAGCGGGAGCACUUGGCCAGCCUGCUCCAGCUCACCUCCACCCAGGUGAAGAUCUGGUUCCAGAACCGCAGGUACAAGUGCAAGAGACAACGGCAGGACAAAUCCCUGGAGCUGGCUGCCCACCCUCUGCCCCCACGCAGGGUGGCAGUGCCCGUGCUGGUCAGGGAUGGCAAACCCUGCCUGGGGAGCUCCCAGCCUUACCCAGCCCCUUACAGCCUUUACGCCUAUAGCUCCUACUGCAGUGCCUACAGCAGCGGCCCCUAUGGUGCUGGCUACGGGGGGGGAUAUGCUGGGGUGCCCCCCAGUGCCACCUCCUGCAACCCUGCUGCGAACGUGAGCCUGGGCACAGCCAGCGCUGCCCAGCACCAGCUCACCUGCUUGCAAACAGGCAUCAGGGCUUGGUAA